CGGUCCUGCGCCGUUUCUGGAGCGGAUUGGAACCCGGAGUCAGGACUCGGUAAAUGAAGGCUGUUUUGCAGAAAAGGUUGGAAUAAUGGCUGAGCAGACCCCAGAUGAGUUCAUCUGGUGUGAGGACUGUGCCCAGUACCAUGACUCUGAGUGCCCUGAGCUGGGGCCCCUGGUCACCGUCCAGGACUCCUUCGUCCUCAGCCGGGCUCGAUCAUCUCUACCAAACAGCUUGGAGAUCAGGAAGGUGGGGAACAGAGAGGAAGGGGUGUUUGUCCUGCGCCGGCUGGUCAAAAGGACCCGGUUUGGACCCUUCGAGGCGAAGAGAGUCCCAAGUCUGAAGAAAGAAGGAGCUUUCCCUCUGAAGAUCUUUCAGAGAAAUGGCACUGUGGUGUGCUUCGACAGUAGCAGCGAGGACGACUGCAACUGGAUGAUGCUGGUGCGACCGGCCUCUGAUCACAAACACCAGAAUCUGACCGCCUACCAGCAGGACGACGAUGUUUACUUCAACACCUCCCAGGUACGUCCGUCCAGCCUGCGCUUUAAAGCCGUCGGGACGCUCUUCCUCCAUUGGUUCCUGCUGUGUGUUUUUCAGGAUGUGCUGCCUGGGACAGAGCUGAGAGUCUGGUAUGGUGCUUUCUACGCCAAGAAGAUGGAGAAACCCAUGCUGAGGCCCCCACUGCAACCGCCGCUGCCCCCACCAGAUGUUUCAUCGUCUUCUGCUAAAACGGAGACCUUAGACAGAAGUGGAGCCGGCCCGCCUCAGAAGGCUGAAGACAACAGUAUGACCCCAGAUCACAGCAGCGAGGUUGUUUCACCGCAGCCCCACGAGGAGAACCCGGCUCACCCUGAUGUAGAGGAAGGGAAGCCCCAGGCAGCCCAGCUUAGCCGGAAAAGAGGGCAGGGCCGUGGGAGGAGAGCCAGGGGCCGCAGGCCGGGAGCCGCUGCUCCAACAAGCAAAUUCAAAGGUAAGAAACAGGAGCAGGGAGGUCCUGAUCUGAUAUUAAUAACAGAAAUCAGUCCAGUAUCAACCCAAAAACGGGAUUCAGCCUGA